AUGAAAAGUGCUGAUUUUGAAUACUUGAUAAAUCAAAUAGGCCAUGAAAUAGGCAAAAAGACGACACCAUUUAGAGAUCCAAUUCCUGUACGAGAAAGUUUGAGUUAUAUAUUCCAAUUUUCGACUCAAAGUAUAUCUGUGGUUGUGCCAGAAGUUUGUGACGCGCUCAUUGCCUGUUUGAGUGACAAAAUAAAAGUGCCUAAACGUCAGGAGGAAUGGCCACAAGUUGCAAAUGAUAUCGACAGGAUGUGGAAUUAUCCCCAUUGUUGUGGGAGUAUCGAUUUAAAACAUAUAUGAUUACAAGCUUCAAUAAACACUGGCAGUGACUACUUCAAUUAUAAAGGAUUUUUUAGCAUACUGAGUG